GAUCGAGUCAGGACCAAUGGGUCGGACUCAUUGACCAAGGUCGGACGGGCGGGACGUCAGUCAGCUGUCAAAACGAUUUUUCGUUUGUCAUUUCUGCAUGAUUUCUUGAAUUCCGAGUUUCUGUUUUAUAUUUUCAUUGCGGUUGUUUGUUUUGGGAAAUCGUAAAGAUUUAGAUAAAUCAGUAAUAUUGUUUUGAAUAUAUUAGCUCAUUGAAAAAAUGGAGAGCCAAACAUGCAUAUUUUUAGGUAUCAAAGUAAAACCUGGGCCUAUUAUUCGCCAUAAGGUUGAGAAUUUUCCACUUGAAAAUACUGUGGAUAGUCUUAAAUCGGAGGCCGAAAAAGAAACAAGUGUACCAUCGGCAUCUUUGGAACUAAUCCAUCAUGGAAAGAUAUUGAAAGGCAAUGCUACCCUGCAAGACAGUGGUGUCAAGAAUGGAGAGACAGUCCAUGUAGUGAAGAAAAAGGAGCCCACUACGCAGCCACCAGCUCCUACAUACUCUGAUGCCGAGAUACAACAACUAAAUGCUUCACUCAGAAUGCUAGGUUGCACCCCAAAUGCCCCUGGAUGGACUAGAGCUAUGCAGUUGCUGAAUGACGAGUCAGCCAUGGCGGAAAUAGUUGAGCAGGCGCCAUCGUUGGGCGAAGACUGUGUGAUGCUGUCAAUCCUUCACGAGGUAGAGCUGCUGGCGGCGCUGGGAGCGAACGUGACCACGAUGCGACGCGGCGCCAGCGCGCACCCCGAGCUGCCGCGCGCGCUGCGCCAGCUCACGAGGCUGGUGCGCGCGCGCUCCACACCCACCACUAAUAGUGACAAUGCUCUGACGUCAGGGUUUGCAUACUCCCUGGAAGCACUAUCGGAAGACGAGGACGCCGACGAGGAGGACAAUGAGGAGGGCGAGCGCACCCCCAUCACUCACGAGCAACUGACAGCUGCCCUACAGGCGGCGGAGGCAGCGUCGUCGUCGAGCCGCAGCGGCGCGCAGGACAGCCUGCUGCGGCUGCUGCAGGCCGCCGACCACGCGCCCGACGCUGCCGCCACCACUGCCGCAGGUGCUCGUCCAGUGAUUACCCCGGAAAUGUUCCGCGAAGCUAUCACAGAAGCGAUCGCGUCCAACCGCCCGCGCCCCGCCGCCACGCCUAUGGAACAGAACACUGCUGCUGCAUCAUCGUCAGCGAGUCCGCUGUCGCUGCAGACGGACUACACGGUGUCGCUGCAGCGCAUGCACGAGAUGGGGCUCCGGGACGACGCGCUCAACGUGCGGGCGCUCAUCAUCUGCGAGGGUGACGUGAACGCUGCCAUCAACCUGGUGUUCAGCGGCGCCAUCGGCGACGACUAGCGGGACGUGAUCCAGACGCUCCUUCGCAAAGGAGUGGAUUAAUCUGGAUCUAACUGGUUACCGCAACUUUGUGAUGCCCAAGGACUAAGUGUUAUAAUCUCCGAGUGAAUAAUAUAUAAUCUCAAAUUGAUCGUUUGAUCUAUUGCAGCGGUUUUCAAAGUGUUUUCCGCGGAGUCCUGGGGGCUCCGGCUCCGCAGACUACACGGCCCAAAGCAUUUGGGCUUCGCCAAAAGUACCGUCUAGUAGCUUUAUUUUACAUGAAAAACGCGUUCGAUAAAUGAUGUUUAUAUGAUUUAAUAAUUUUGAGAAGUUACUAUUCGAAACUAUAAAAUAUGAACUUUAUUCAAUGUCAAUAAUAAUAUGUCAAAUGUAUGGAUUUUUA